UUGAUGGGAAACUAGAAAGUUCUCGAAUAAUUAAUCUAUUUGGAAAGCACUAUAAGUUCGUCCUUGGCUGAUCGAAUCGGUACUUGGAAACAAUCUUCAUGUAAAGAUCUUUGCAGGACAAAACGAUCGAGGGAGAUUUCAAGAUUUUUGGUUCUGUAAGGAGCAAAUUGACGCUUUGAGGUCCGAGGGGAAUUCUUCGAGGUCUGCAUGCAAUUUUGGAGAAAAUUUGAACAUUUCUGCGAAAUUUGGGCGAAGAAUUAAAUUCUGUAUAUUUGUGGUCUGGUCGCAUAUAGACUAUGGGACAAAAGCAGAAAAUUGCAGGGUUCAACAAUGGUGGAAGAGAUUUCAAUAGCUUUCUUUUGCUAGCGGCGUUUAUUUUUGCAGGUUUUCUUCUCAGCUCGGUUAUUGCCGCAGAAGAAGCAGCGAAGUUAGGGACUGUAAUUGGUAUUGAUCUUGGAACAACAUACUCCUGUGUUGGUGUGUAUAAGAAUGGUCAUGUUGAAAUAAUAGCAAAUGAUCAAGGAAAUAGGAUUACCCCUUCGUGGGUUGCAUUCACCGAUUCAGAAAGACUUAUCGGGGAAGCUGCUAAAAACCAGGCAGCUUUGAAUCCUGAAAGAACGAUCUUUGAUGUGAAACGAUUGAUUGGAAGAAAGUAUGAGGACAAGGAGGUACAAAGAGACAUCAAACUUUUACCAUACAAGAUUAUAAACAAGGAUGGAAAACCUUAUAUUCAGGUGAAGAUUAAGGAUGGGGAAAUCAAAGUUUUCAGUCCUGAGGAGAUCAGUGCCAUGAUAUUGACUAAAAUGAAGGAGACAGCUGAGUCUUUUCUCGGGAAGAAAAUCAAGGAUGCAGUUGUAACUGUUCCAGCAUAUUUCAAUGAUGCCCAAAGACAGGCAACCAAAGAUGCUGGUGUAAUUGCUGGAUUAAAUGUGGCUCGUAUAAUAAAUGAGCCAACAGCUGCAGCAAUUGCAUAUGGAUUAGAUAAGAAAGGAGGGGAGAAGAAUAUUCUUGUUUAUGACCUUGGAGGUGGAACAUUUGAUGUGAGCAUUCUCACCAUUGACAAUGGUGUUUUUGAAGUGUUGUCAACCAGUGGAGAUACUCAUCUUGGAGGGGAGGACUUUGACCAACGUAUUAUGGAUUACUUCAUCAAAUUGAUCAAGAAGAAACACAACAAAGACAUUAGCAAGGACAAGAGAGCUCUUGGGAAACUCAGGAGGGAAUGUGAAAGGGCUAAGCGUGCUUUGAGCAAUCAACAUCAAGUACGAGUUGAAAUUGAAUCACUUUUUGAUGGCACAGAUUUCUCAGAGCCGCUAACAAGGGCAAGAUUUGAGGAGCUCAAUAUGGAUCUUUUCAAGAAAACAAUGGGACCGGUAAAAAGGGCUCUGGAGGAUGCAAGCUUGCAAAAGACUGACAUUAAUGAAAUUGUUCUUGUUGGAGGAAGUACUCGUAUACCAAAGGUCCAGCAGUUGUUGAAGGACUUUUUUGAUGGGAAGGAGCCCAACAAAGGUGUUAAUCCAGAUGAAGCUGUGGCUUUUGGCGCUGCUGUUCAGGGUGGCAUUUUGAGUGGUGAAGGAGGCGAUCAAACUUCAGAUAUUCUUCUAUUGGACGUUGCUCCUCUUAGCCUUGGUAUUGAGACUGUUGGUGGAGUAAUGACCAAACUUAUUCCAAGAAACACUGUCAUACCAACCAAGAAAUCUCAAGUUUUCACCACUUAUCAAGACCAGCAAACUACUGUCUCAAUCAAAGUGUAUGAAGGAGAGCGGAGUCUAACAAAGGAUUGCCGAGAAUUAGGGAAGUUUGAUUUGUCAGGAAUCCCACCAGCACCUCGUGGUGUGCCGCAGAUUGAGGUUACUUUUGAGGUGGAUGCCAAUGGUAUUCUCAAUGUAAGAGCAGAGGAUAAGGGAACCAAAAAAUCAGAGAAAAUCACCAUUACAAAUGAUAAAGGUAGAUUGACUCAGGAAGAAAUAGAACGUAUGGUGAAGGAAGCAGAGGAGUUUGCAGAGGAGGACAAUAAAGUGAAAGAAAGAAUUGAUGCAAGGAACAAUCUUGAAACAUAUGUCUACAACAUGAAAAGCACCAUAAAUGACAAGGACAAACUGGGAGAUAAAAUUGAUUCUGAUGAUAAGGAGAAAAUCGAAUCCACUCUCAAGGAAGCCCUAGAUUGGCUUGAUGAAAAUCAAACAGCAGAAAAGGAGGAUUAUGUAGAGAAGUUGAAAGAGGUGGAAGCUGUGUGCAAUCCAGUUAUCAAACAAGUGUAUGAGAAAACAGGCGGAUCCUCUGGAGGGGAUGAGGAAGAAGAUGACUCACAUGAGGAACUCUAAGCAACUGCUGCUUUUUUGCUAUAAUUUACAGAAAACACCUGCCAAAUACCACGAAGGGAAAGGGUGUGGUCAGAUUGCCUUACCAAAUAGUGUAAAAAUUUAUCUUCUAAUAGAAAUUGUUGUUUAUCAUAUUUUAUGAUUAUUGGAGGAAAUUAAAUAGAGAAUGUUGAGAUUCAGAGAA